GCUCGUGGGGCGGGCGGGGCAGUCUGUGGCUGUUUCAGCGCGAGUGACUGGGUCUGUUCGCUGGAUGCCGGCCAGGGAUGCUUCCGCUGGACCGCUGUGCGGGUCUUGGGUUGUGGCGGAGAGAUGGCGAAUGUGCGGGUGGCCGUGAGGGUCCGGCCUCUCAGCAAGCGGGAGACCAAAGAAGGAGGAAAAAUUAUUGUGGAAGUUGAUGACAAAGUGGCAAAAAUCAGGAACAUAAAGGUGGACAGUCGAUCAGAGAGCUUUGGAGACACCCGGGAGAAGGUUCUGGCAUUUGGCUUUGACUACUGCUAUUGGUCAGUCGACCCGGAGGACCCUCAGUACGCGUCUCAGGAAGUGGUGUUCCAGGACUUGGGGACUGAAGUACUGUCUGGAGCUGCCAAGGGCUACAACAUAUGCCUCUUUGCUUAUGGGCAGACGGGCUCUGGGAAAACAUACACCAUGCUGGGAACGCCAGCCUCUGUUGGGCUGACGCCGCGGAUAUGUGAGGGUCUCUUCAUGGGGGAGGACGACGGUGCCUCGCUGCCUUCUUCCCGUAGCAUAAAAGUAAGCUUCCUAGAAAUCUACAAUGAACGGGUGAGAGAUCUUUUGAAACAAUCCAAUCAAAAUAAGCCCUAUACCUUAAGGGUCAGGGAGCACCCAGAGAUGGGACCGUAUGUCCAAGGUCUGUCUCAGCAUGUUGUUACCAACUAUCAGCAAGUUAUUCAGCUCCUGGAGGAGGGGAUAGCAAACAGGAUGACCGCAGCCACCCAUGUUCACGAGGCCAGCAGCAGAUCACAUGCCAUCUUCACUAUCCACUGCACACAGGCAGUGCUGCAGAACAACCUCCCCUCAGAGACUGCCAGCAAGAUCAACCUUGUGGACCUAGCAGGCAGUGAGAGAGCAGAUCCAAGUUACUGUAAGGACCGGAUCACUGAAGGCGCCAAUAUCAACAAGUCCCUCGUGACUCUGGGAAUUGUAAUCUCCACUUUAGCCCAGAACUCACAAGUAUUCAGCAGCUGUCAGAGCCUCAGCAGUGCAGCCAGCAGCGGGGGUGACAGUGGGAUUCCCAGCAAUGCAUCGGGGAGCAGCAGUGGAGGGGGACCUGCGAGGAGGCAGUCUUACAUCCCAUACCGGGAUUCUGUGCUGACCUGGCUGCUGAAGGAGAGCCUUGGAGGCAACUCCAAAACCAUCAUGGUUGCCACUGUGUCCCCUGCGCACACCAGCUACAGUGAGACCAUGAGUACAAUGAGAUAUGCAGCCACUGCCAAAAACAUCAUCAACAAGCCACGGGUGAAUGAGGAUGCCAAUGUGAAGCUCAUCCGAGAACUCAGGGAAGAGAUUGACAGGCUGAAAGCCUUGCUGCUGAACUUUGAGCUGAGGAACUUCAGCUCACUAAAUGAUAAACUGGAUGAAAGCCUGAAGGAGUUAGUCCUCCAGAAUGAUUUGAAGAUAGAGAAGCUGACUCAAGACAGGACUCAGAAGUGGAGUGACUGGCAGGCACUUAUGGAGCAUUAUGGUGUGGACAUCAACAGGAGGAGGGCUGGGGUGGUCAUCGAGUCCAGCCUGCCACACCUGAUGGCGUUGGAGGACGACGUGCUUAGCACAGGCGUUGUGCUUUAUCAUCUCAAGGAAGGGACAACAAAAAUAGGAAGGAUUGAUUCAGACCAGGAACAGGACAUCGUUCUUCAGGGCCAGUGGAUUGAGAGAGACCACUGCACAAUCACUAGCACUUGUGGGUUGGUCAUUCUCCAGCCUACCCAAGGGGCACGCUGUACAGUCAAUGGCCGUGAGGUCACUGCUUCCUGCCGGCUGACACAAGGAGCUAUCAUAACACUGGGAAAAGCACAGAAGUUCCGCUUUAACCACCCAGCCGAGGCUGCUCUGCUGCGCCACCGAAGGCUUAAGGUUGCAGAGGCUCUUGGCAGCAGUGGCUCUUUGGAAUGGCUGGACUUGGAUGGGGAUGUCACUGCCUCAAGACUGGGUCUCUGUCCUGUGCUUUGGAAGGAGAGGAGAGCACUGGGAGAGCGGUGUGACAAGGACCAGCAUCCAUCGGGAAAUGGCAAGAGACCCCACAGAGCCCAGACUGAGCAACAGCAGUGCUGUGUGGAAGAUCUGAGGCAGCGAGUCAUCAAAGGACAGGGUGGAGGGCAGAAGGAACUGGAGGUGUCCCAGACGCAUAGCAGCCGGCAGAGGAAAGACAACCAGCAGUGGCUCCUCAGAGAAGAGACCUGGCUAGCCAGCUUACAGGAGACACAUCGAGAAGACAGCUGUGAGGAAGAGAAAGAACUUGAGGCCUUUGUGGCACCUGAUGCUUGCUUUCCAAAAGCUCCUCAGCCCCCACCAUCCCUACUGGUCCAAAGCCAGAAGCGGGUGGUGCAGCUGCAGCGCUUGCGGAGACGUGUGUCUCGGGCUACGGUGUGGAACAUCAGGAGGAAAAAGGUCUCAUUCCAGCUGGAGAGAGUUAUUAAGAAGAGGAGGCUGCUGGAGGCCCAGAGGAGACUGGAGCGGCACAGGGCACUCUACUGCAUCCAGGAUGAUGGUGCCUCCAAGGCCCCAGGGCUGGUCUCCGUCUCUGACACCUCAGGCCCAGGUCCUCAGUGUAGAAGCCAAAGGGCAACUCACAGCUCCCUGACCCUCCAAAGGCUCUGCAGCCAACGCCUGCCCCAGCUACACAGUGUGUUCAUGAACUGGGAUCCUUCCACCAUGUCACCACCUGUGCCUGACCCAACUCACCAAGUGCCAGAGAAAACUCUCUCAGCAGAUACCAUUCCCCAGGCUAGUGCUUACACUCCAAGGACAGAGUACCUGGGUAGGAACGGCCUUCAUCCAUCAGGCUGGAGGAAAUUCUUUCCAACCAGGGGAGCCUCAACCAGGAGGGGAGUCUCUACCCCAGACACCUGUCUCACUGAGAGCCGCAAGUCUCUAAAUAGACAAGAAACUGAGUCAUUGGGGAGGCAGCCCUGUCAGAUGUCAUCUCAGAGCUUAGUGACUCUGUGCCAAUCAACAAAGAAGCUGAAGCCAAGGGAUGGUUCAUGGACCCUGACUCCUGCUGCCCAGCCCAGAAGAGCUAAGGGAUCAGCAGCCUCCGGCAGCAGGCAAACUGGGUGGCCAAAAGCAGGGAGCUGUGGGACCUACAAGGAUCCUAAGGAAACCGCUUCUGACUCUUAUCUCAGUGGACCUGAGCAAGCAGCUGGCCAUGGAAAAGUAGGCAAGACUUUUCAGGCAGGAGCCAAACAACCUCCUCCAAGCAGGGCAUCAAAUAAGCAUCAGAGGGUGCUAGCAGCUAGGGUCAGAGAUAUUGCCAGAAAGGUCUCUCAUUUACCUUAUGGCAGUUCUUUAAAAAAACAGCUUAAUGCAUGGGAUCCAGACACCCUGGCCUCCACAGGUUCGAGGUCCACAGUAGACUGUGCAAAGAAAAAGGACAAUGAUUUAUCUGAUACUGAGAGCAAUUACUCAGUGGACUCUCUCUCUUACGUCUAUGCCAAAGGUCCAAGGGAGCUGCCGAAGCCACGGGGCCUUCAGGGGAACUGGGAUCUCCAAGAUCCUGAGGGCUCUGAAAAUGACAACAGUCAACUGUCUGAGGACUCACUUGUUGAAAAAGGAUUCCAAAGCCCCCCCGAAAACUCAGGGGGUGAGUAUUCUACGAAGGACCGUGGGCAUUCAAGGGCCAGAACUUCAGCCUUUGUCAAGGGCCUCUCCAGGCACUCAGACAGCAGCUUAUGUACUCAAUCACACAGGAGCUUUUCUCUGGAUAGCCUUAUCGAUGCUGACGAACUGAGAGGAGACAGACAAGAGGAGCCUUGCCUUGGUUCUGCUGAUGAGGCGCCUACAGAGACUUUUUGGCACCUGCAGAAGGCUGCCUUGCCUGCGGUAGAUCAGGAGGCAAUGCGCAGGCCUAGCCCUCUCAGCCACAGAACGGGAGUCGAGGUGAAAGUCUUUUUGCCAAAAAGCAAUUCAUUUUACCUUAAUCCUCAUUUUCAGUCCUAUUGUGAGCAGGCUGAGUCAGAGAUGGAGGCAAGCUAUUCCGAACAAACCAACUCUCUGCAAGGUGUGGAGCUUGCAAGAGAAAGCCCGCUGGCAUCUGUGGACUCAUGGUUUUCUUGUGACUCUAAAGUCGACCCCAGCAGCCCUUCAGGGAUUGUACAUACUUUAUGCCUAAGUCCUGACGUUCAUGAACUUCAGCCCCAUGGUGAGAAGCCUAGACACUGGCUAAACAUCGAAGAAGUAAAGCCACCAGGUACAGUCCUGCCAUGUAGUCCCCGAGGCAGUCCUGAGCCAUCCUGCAGUUCAGAUUUGUAUGCGGCCUCUGCUGCUGAUACAUCUAAGCCCUCAGUCUGUGGAUGCCAAAAGCUCCUUCAGUCAGGAGCUGAUGGUGCCUUUCAGGGCAGAGAAGUCCCUGACCUGACCUACCAGGCUGUCUCUGAAGAGUCCCACAGUUCUGAGAUGUCGAGUGUGCCGGCUCCUUCUGCUACCUCAGUCACUCACGAAGGCAGCAUUCGUGAGAAGGAUUGGGCUGCCCUUCAGCAAAAGUAUCUCCUUGACCUCUCUAAUUCUGUUCUGGAGGCUGUAGAGGAGCCCAGGCCAGUCCUCCCCUUCCUGGAGGAAGACUCCAACUCCCUGGCUGAGGCGUCUGAUAAAGUAGAUACUCAGUUGCCAGUUGGCCCUGGAGUAUGUAGAAAUUUAACUUUCAGCCACUUUCCAGUCCACCUAUCCAAAGCCUGGCCCUUAGAAGCAGAGGAAGACCAUGACAGGCUAAGGGCCGACUUAGAGUGUGCUUCUCACCUCGUCAGUACCACUGAGACGGUGAGUUAUAAUGGGGCGUGCCCAGCAGACCUAGAAUCACUGGCUUCUGGAUCUAUAAAUGCACAGGCCUGUACAGCGGGAAACAAGGUACCUGGUUCUAUGACAGAAGCAUGGCAAGUCAAUCGGGCCGGCUUGGAAGGGUACCUUCAGAGUGGCAGGAACCCUGGCCUGAUAACUUCCUCUGGGCAGAAUUUCUUCCAGAAGAGGACUUGCCACAGUCAUCAUCCCUCAGCCACUGAAGUAGACCCUUGGCCUCAAGAUGGGGCUCUUCUCAGGAAAAACACUGCAGGUCAGCCAGGACUGGUAAGCCAGCACCCCCUGCUGGAAGAGAAGGCAGCUCCUUUUCAAUCUUCCCUGCAGCCACCUGCCUUGGAAACGUUCUAUGUAACCAAAAGCAGGGAUGCCUUGACAGAAACUGCCUUAGAGAUUCCCGCCUGCAGGGAAGCCUGGGUGCUGGAAGCCUGGGUCCCGUCCCCACCACCCAGGGAAGCCUGGAGCUGUGGUCACAGCUAUCAAGUCCUCCAGAAAGCCCACUGGAAGAGUAAUUUGCCCAAGUUGCUGCAAAGCCAGAAUUCUAAGAUCGACUCAUCUGAACAGGCAACAACAAAGAAGCCAACUGAUCUGGACACAGGGGAAGGUCCUGAAGAACUGGAAGAAUGCUCUAGAAAUGUGAGAGAGGAAGAGGACCAUGAUCCCGCCUACUGUUUUAUUGCUGGGAACAGACAUCAUCUCCCUCCUACCAGCCUAAAAGCUUCUGAGUGUAGAAAUCAACUUGGAAUUUUAAAUAAAAAAUACAGCCUCUCAGUACACGAGGAAGGAGAAGGGGCCUCCUCAGGGUGUCACUGCAGCAUUGCCUUUGAUGGCUCUGAGUCAAAGACUCUGUUCUUCAUUUGUGAUUCCAAAGCAAGCUCGGAAGAACAGAGCGAGCUCCUGCCGCAGAGACAGGCCUGUGGUGUGCCCAGUCAGACUUCUGGAGUCGGGUCUGAUUUCAUUGGUAAAAUCACCAACUUCGACCUGGACAAGGGCAUACCAGAGGAAACUGCUGUUUCUCUGAAGCCCAGAUCCCUCCACUGUCGAGUAAGCAGCCCUGUGGCCACAGCCGGAGGUGGAAGUCCAACACACAAGUGGGAGGGGAGGAAGGAAACCGCGCUUCUCAGGGAAGUGAUUUCCAAAGACAUCCGAGGAGAGUUUAGUCUUCCAGGAGCUCAGUAUACCUGUGAGAGGUGCCGUCUUGUUCUGUGCUCUCAGCAAAGAAAGCCCAGCGAGUGCAAAGCCCACAGGCAAUCCCAGGAAAUGAAGUCCAAAGAAGAGCUUCUAGGAGAGACACAGAGUAAAGGAGCUAAUAGCGCCGAUGAAAUGGCUAGGCUCAUCCGGAGUGUGAUGCAGCUGGAGACUGGCAUCUUAGAAAUGGAAUGCAGGCAGAAUAAGGAUCUUCACGCUUCCCACAUGCCAGGUACAGAGUUCAUGCUCCAGGACCUACAGGACCAGGAGAGGCCUGACCAUGUCCUGAUGCCAGAAAGCUCUGGGGAACAUUUAUUCUUUGAGGACCAGCCAUCUUCUCCAGUACAGGUAGAGGAUGGUACAGGAGACAGCAAAGCUGGGGAAGUAGAGGGUAACAGUGCUGUCGGUAAUGAUGCCCAGGCCCAGAAACUCCUAGGCUGCCCCUGCAGACCAAGGGAAUGUGCACAAACGAGGCAGUCUAGGAGAGAGCACUCACACCCACCACCAGGAGAAGACAGACUUGCCAGGGACCCAUGUGAUUCUUUGUGCAAAGGUGUAGCCGUCAGAGAGCCUAGCAGCAUUUCCCUUCACUCAAGGAGAAGGAAAGCAUUAGCUAGAACUCUGCCAUUGCAGCCCAGCACAGCGAGAUCUCCUGAACUGGAUGAUGAGCUUCUAAAAGCAACAGCAAACUACCAAGAUCAGGCGUGGGCCUUGGAAAGUUUCAAGGAACCAGAGACUUUGGAAAGUUUUCAGGAAAGCCAAUUUGUUGAACUCCCAGGUGAUUCAAAGGUGCAGGGCGCAAAAGCUCAAGGGAGAGCUGAAGAGAUGACCAUGAAAAGGGGAGGGAGCCUACAGGAAGAAGAGAGUAUGGUCUCGUCAACUCAGAAACGUCCUGAUCCAAGCCAGCAUUGUAAGGGCGCAUUUUUCAGCCAGCAGGCCAUCUCUGCAUUCCACAACCAGACAGGCUUCUCUGCAGCUCAGCCUUAUGGAGGGUGGAGUGGUACCCAACCCAUGCAGUCUCCAAGCUUACCAAGAGGCUGUUUGCAUGCCUCUGAUACAGAAGACAUCUCUUCACUUGAGCACAUGUUAGAGCCUACGAUGGUGGAAAUUACUAGGAGUUGUUUGACAACUGGAGUAGGGCAUCAGGAUCACAGUGGGGAGACCAGAAGCUGUAGCCCGCAGGGAAGCGCUGCCGAGGAAGCUUCCACCACACACACUGCCUGGUGUGGAUCUGUCAUGCCCAUGGCCAUGAGAACUAAUGGCCAGUCUGUUAUACCGGCCAGCAUUUUACUAGAAGCUGAAGACUGGGUAACAGUAAGCAUUAGCCCCCAGGGAGAUCAGAAAGGGGACCUCAGAGUUACUUCAACAGGCUUGACUACCCAGGAAGGCUUAGGUUCUGAAGCUGAGGCAACUAUACAAAAAGAAAUAAAAACCAGUUCCUUGGACAGGGUUUCAGGGCAGACUGAGAAGAGGGCCAGUUUCCUCUUACAAAAAGAUAGUGACCAGGGGGAGGAGCAAAGGCAGAAGGCAGAGGAGACAUCUGGAGAUCAACAGUCUGCUAGCUCUGCUCGCUUAACAUCCAUGUCUGGACUGAGGGCGCCUGAUCCAGAACCUCUGCCACUACUAGACUCCUCUGUCCAUGCCUCCAUAUGCCUGGCUAUCUUGGCAGAGAUCAGACAGGCCAAAGCACAGAGGACGAAGCUUAGUGACUUUGCAGCUGAGCAGACAGUCCUUCCUUACGAGCCUUCACAAGAAGCUGUGUGUUUGUCAGAGGCUGCUGGUAGGUCUGAGAAGCAAAUGGUUAAGUUAGGGUCGGGUACCAGCAGGCAUGAGCUUGAAGCACAAAGACUGCAAGUGGCAUCUCCACCCCCAUGCACGCCUGCAGACCUCUUGGCUGAUAAGAGGAAAGCCCAGGCCAAUGCAGGGAGUUUUCAUCAUCUGCCUAACCCUGAAACUGACAGAGGACCAGGGCAUCACUUGCUCGCUUCCUCUCACACCAUCCCAGAUUCAGACAAAAGAUGCGGUACUGGAGAGAGAAGGCAAUUCUGGGGAGCAAGUAGAUGGCCUGAUUCUUCUGAAGUCAAAGAGGAAAAGAAGGAAACAUCUAGAACACUGUCCUCUGUUUAUCCUUUGGCCCCAGACAGGCUUCUUUCUGUACCACCUGUAGAGCAGGAUGUGAGGGUGGGAUCAGAGAGAGUGUCAGUUUUACCUUCUCAAACUUGUUGUGAUGACCCUGGUGGGACUCUGCACAGGCAGAGUCAGUUGACUGCACGGGAAACAGCAGAGAGUAUAUCCUUCAGUGGGCAGGACAGGAUCCCGGAGGAGCAUCAGGAACUUAGAAGUCUAGAGAGCACCCGUGGAGGAGGCUCGGCUGAGAGCUCAGUAACCUCACAGGAAGGAAAAGCAGUCUGUGCUGAGUGUCAGCCUGUGGUCUGUGGUGCUGGGAAUGCUGCUGGCCUUUCAAGGCCUAAGCAAGACUGUGUUCAUCGCUUGGACACUUCCACGGGCUUAGAAGAAAUGAAGGCAAGCCCAAAGCCAUGUGUUGCCCAGCUCAGCGUCCCUAGAAAGGUUGAGGCAGAAGCUCAUGUGUGGCAUCCUGUCAAGUGGAAAAAUGUUGGCUCUGGCCUGGCAGAAGCCUGUGGGGCUGACAGCAAAUAUACAAGGUCAACUCCGUUGCUAGAUCAGAGACCUAGCCUGCAUCCCAGUGCAGUUAGAGAAGAGGCUCCAGGUCUGUGCCCAGAGCACCUUGUCUUCAAGGGGAGCACUGGAGACAGCAGGACACUUGACACAUCUUGUGAGGAGGAAGAGGACAGAACUGUUCCUUGCCCUCAACUAGGUGGUUCUCAACCUGCUGUUCAUCCCUACUACUCUCCUUCUUCUGCCUUGCCCUGUUGUAUUGAAGGUGUCCCCAGGAGGGGAACCCCUUCUGCUGCUCCACAUCCUGUCUGCUCACCCUUCAUAGUGCCAUCGAGGGCCCGUGAAGUGGAUAGAACAAUCGAGAGCUUUCCCAAAGAGACUCAAGUGUUUUUGGAACGUGGCCUCAAGCACCAACAUGCUAAUGGAGACGUUGGGCCUGCAGAUAGCAGCAUUCCACCCCCAACCACGACAGCUGCUGUCUCCUCUCCAGCUUACAGCUGCAGCUCCCUUUCCACCUCUGAAGUGAGGGCAGAUUGCCUCACCCACACAGUUGCUGGAGGAAGGUCAGUUGAAGGUGCUGGGGAAGAGACUUCAGGGAGGAAGGCCAGUAUUAUCCACGAGGAUGCUUCUCCAUCCAGCCCCGCAGGCACGCACUCUGAGCCACUGAGCACUUUGAAGGAUAAUUCUGAGGGUGAGAAUGCACAGGCAGCACAAGCUGAGGCAGAACCCCCUGCAGUGCCUCGGGGAGCACAGGCCUGUCAUUUAAAUGAAGGAUCUGUGGGUGGUGAGCUGCUGAUAGCAGCUCAGAAUGGACAUUUAGAAAACACCAUCAGAUGCUGUUCAGAAAAUACACAACCUUCUGCUGAGGUCAGGGGUCACAGUUCCUUGGGUCCUCAAGCCAAUAUUGUAGACCUGUUAAAACAUCCCUGCCAACCUCAGGUGGAGACUUUGUGGGAGGAAGAAGAGCAACAAAGAGACCAAGCUUUAGAAGGCGGCCAAGACCACGCCCAAGUUAGACAUCUAGUACCUUCUGAUAAGGAUGGCUUUGAUGGCUCUCAGACUAGAGCUGGUGAAAGAGAGGAGAUGGUUGUGACCAAGUCUUCUGUGUCCCACACUUUCUUUUCAGACUUUGAAGACCUAGCUUCUCUGCCCUUGGGGCAAACUGAACCCUCACAGCCUGUUUCCCAGACUCCUAGCCAGCUCUGCUCUGGAAAGGAGCACCUGGCUCCUCGUCCCAGGCACGCGCUUCCUGUGAUUGCAAUCUUCUCUGGCCCCAAGACUGCCAGGUAUUCCCCUAGGCCUCAGUUCUCCGUGGUCAGCUCAUCUCGGUCUCUUCACAAACUAAAUUUGAGUGUGGAGCCUUCUUCCCCCAAAGAUGAAGACGCACAGGGGCCAAACAGAUUGUGGGGCCCACAUCUCAGGGGUCGUUCCUCAGAAAAGCCAGUCUCAGUGUCUCCAAGAACCCAGGACUGCAGUCCAAAAGCUUCAUGUAACUCAAACAGUAGCCCCAUUGGUCACAAGCCCCUGAGACCUGUCAUUCCUCCUUACCCAACGUCUACCACUGUGUCAUGUAUGCCAACGCCUGAUCUCAUGACCAACUCGAUGCCUGGUACUUUGGAACAGGCCCAUCAAGGAAAGACAGAUAAACUGAGUGUCCAGGGUAUGCCAGAGAACUAUCACUCUCAGGUGGACAAAGAAAUGCUGCACUUUGGUUCUAGUGACAUAAGUCCCUAUGUCCUGCCCUGGUGUCCACAGGGACCUGUGCAUAUUGGCUGGAAGCAGUAUGUGUUUGGAAGUGCAGUUGAUGUCCCUUGUAGCCAGAAACCCCAAUGCCUAAUGCCAUCAGAUAUGGCUUGCUGCUCCAGCACAGACAAUGCCCUGGAAGACAAAAGGUCCCCGUUUCACUCCCAUCUCAGGACUUAUGCCCAAACUCGUGAUCUAUCAAACAUACACAGUAGUAUUGACAACGACCAAAGUUCAAACAAAGGCUGGGAAAUACGGAGUUCCUCACUUGCCGUGAGGGAGCCCUGUGUCUUGUUUGGCUCUGAGGGAGUUGCCCCAACUUUGGGUCCUGACAAGAAGCCCCCAUCCAAGGGCCCUUCUGAGGAAAUAGGCUUUCUGAGGAGUGAGCGGCCUCUGGCUGGGAGGAGUGCUGCAGCUCAGGCCGAUGAGAUUGUACUGUUCUGCCCAUCAGAGACAGGCUGUGCUGUGAGGCAGGCCAGGACGAAUGCCUCUGAGCAGGGGACACACAGCCUGGGCUGCAGGCUCCACUCGAGUUGCACCGAUAUCUCCGCUCAGACUAAUGACAGCACAAUGUCCGACUCUGAGCUGGCUUCCUGGACCAGCAUGCACAACCUGUCUCUCCACCUCUCACAGCUUCUGCACAGCACUUCAGAGCUGCUCGGGAGUCUCUCAAAGCCAAGUGUGGUCCCAAAGGAGCAGAAAAUCAAGAAUGAGUCCCCAGAUGAGGCCCUGCAGGCCGUCAUGAUGGACAGUUCUACUCAGACCACUAUGGAUGAGGCCAUCCAAACAGAUCUGGCCUUACCUCCUCUGCCCUUCCAGGCCCCAGAAGUCAAGCCUCAAAAAGUCAGUGUGAUCCUUGAAGUGAUAGACUCUGGCAUCACCACCGUGACUCAAAAAAGGGGAGCUAGCCCAGUGUUGUUUCAGAAGAGAGAGGCAGACGUGACAACAGAAGCUCAAGACCUCUGUGAAGCAAGCACCCACUAUAAGCUGCAGAGCCCUCCUGUGCCCUCACCACACUUGAGCUUUCAGAAAGCACAUCUUGGGCAGGACCUUACUUUUGUGAACCCCCCAGAUUCUCCUGAUGGUUCCCCACCUCCCAGCCUGCAGCCAGAGGAACCCUGCACGGUGGUCAGCAGUCCUGGAAUGUCCUACCACUCAGGAGAGUUCACCCAGGAGCCUAGCACCCAGAAGAAGGUGGGCCUAUCAAGUGCUGCGCUGGUGGAUAGGGCUUCCUCGCCAAUCCUUACAUUUAGUGCCAGCACCCAUGAGUUAAGCAACCCUCUAGACUCUUUCGCUCUAUCAGUUCCGUCAGCUUACCCUCCUGAAGACUUCCAGAAGGUUGACAUCAGUUCAGACCUUGCUGUUAGUGACCCAAGACCGCCAACGGAUAAUUCUCAAGCCAGUGAUAAGUCCGAUGUCUCUCAGAAGGCUGAGUCUCUGGAUAGAGAAGGCAAGAGCUCCUUAGAAAGUUCUAAGAGAUUAUCCCUUGACCCUAGCUCCUCAUGCAGCCAACAGCAGAGCUCUAGUGUCCACAUUAGUUUCUUUGGGCAGGUCCCUCAGCAGCCUCAGCCCAAAAGCACCACUGGAGACCAAAGCAGACUGCCAUCUCCACCACCAAGGCACAGGAAGCUAGGUGGCAGCUUUGUGCCUGAGAAGGUGGCUUCCAUAGAGCAUGGUCCACAGAGCAGGAGGAGGCCAAGCCAGUGGCAGGGCAGGGCAGCAAAUGAGUAUGAGAGCCCAGCAUUUAUUGUAGAGCCACAAGCCAGUGUGGAACGACUCUCUUCAUGGAGAGGCCUUCAGCCCCUUCGCCCUUGUCCUCUCUCUUUCACCACAGGGCUUCAAAGUCCUGCUGUAGAGCCUCCUCAGGCCUGCCAACCUGUGGGGCUUCUCUGUCCUGGUUCACAUAUACUUGUGACCCCUGGUCCCCAGCAUCACAGCUUGAGGGACCUCCCAGUUCAUAACAAGCUUAAUAACUGGUAUGGAGUUCAGGAUGGACCUGGUAGGAGGCUGCAUGUCAGUGAGGAUCUAGGAGUUGGGUGCGACUCCAGUUCUGUAGACCCAACACACAGGCCCCUGCAGCCUCCUGACAACGACAGCCAGGGCCCCGAGUGGCUCAGACUGAAGCACAUCCCCUUACAAGUUGGGGUCCAGAAACCCUCACUCAGUGUGGAACUCGCAGAAGCAAAACUACACCAUGGCUUUGGGGAGACAGAUGCCCUGCUGAAGGUGCUGCAGAGCGGGACAGGGGAUGUGCUUGCUCCUGAAGAGCCUGCUGUGUUGUCCUGGGAGGAGCGCCACACCAGGCAGGAAAAGUCUGUAGAGACCCUUAGGAAUGACAGAACUGUGCGACUUUAUAACUUUCGUCGAACACGAAGCCUCAGUCCCCAGAAACAACCCAGCUUCCUGCCCAGCAAGGAUCUCCCCACUUGGGAACGUGACUUGCCCAGCAGACGCCGAGAGUACCUGCAGCAGCUGAGGAAAGAUGUCGUGGCCACCACUAGGAUCCCAGAACCAGCCUCAAGAUCUGCCCACCCUCCCUCCCACAUCGAUCUGAUGCUUCGAGACUAUCUUCGGGCCCGUGAGGAGGCCAAGCUGGAGAUUGCCCAGGCUCGGGAUCGGCUCAGGGAACGGACUGAACAGGAAAAGAAGAGAAUCCGCCAGCAGAUCAUCUCCCAGCUGCUGAAGGAGGAGGAAAAACUCCAAACUCUAGCCCACUCCAGCUCUCUGUGUACCAGCUCCAAUGGAAGCAUAUCUUCUGGUGUCACAUCUGGUUACAACAGCAGCCCAGCUUUCUCAGGCCACCUCCAGUCCCUAGAAGUUGUGGAGGACUCUCAAGUGCCAGAGUUCCGAGACACUUGGAUAGGGGACUGGCGGGUCCGCUCCACAGUGAGGAACAGUCACCUGUAUCUGACUGGGCCUACCUGGAAGAGCUUAGCCCACAGCCGCAGAGCCUCCCUAGGCAGUAGCUGCUGCUCUCUCUCCGGCCUAUCCAGCUUAGGGACCUGCUUCUCCUCCUCCUACCAGGAUUUGGCCAAACACAUCAUCAACACGUCAAUGGCAGAUGUAAUGGCUGCUUGUUCAGAUAAUCUCCACAACCUCUUCAGCCGCCAGGCAACAGCUGGCUGGAACUACCAGGGUGAGGAGCAGGAGGUACAGCUCUACCACAAGGAAUUUUCUUCUACUCGACACGGCUUCCUGGGUGCAGGUGUGGUGUCCCAGCCACUCUCUCAUGUGUGGGCAGCUGUGAGUGAUCCCACUCUGUGGCCUCUAUAUCACAAGCCCAUCCAGACAGCAAGGCUGCAUCAGCGAGUGACCAACACUAUCAGCCUGGUGUACUUGGUGUGCGACACCACACUCUGUGCGCUGAAGCAGCUGCGGGAUUUCUGCUGUGUCUGCGUGGAAGCCAAAGAGGGGCACCUGUCAAUUAUGGCAGCUCAGUCUGUGUAUGAUACAUCCAUGCCAAGACCUAGCAGAAAAAUAGUCCGAGGAGAGAUCCUGCCCAGUGCCUGGGUCCUGCAGCCUGUCAUCACGGAGGGGAAAGAAAUAACCAGAGUCAUUUUCCUUGCCCAGGUGGAGCUGGGUGCACCAGGCUUCCCUCCUCAUCUUCUCAAUUCCUUUAUCAAACAGCAGCCGUUGGUUGUGGCCAAGCUAGCAUCUUUCCUUGGUAGUUAGUAUUGGUCCAUGGAGAUAGCAUGGCUGAGAUGUAAGCUCAGGACACCUGGGAUUCUAUAGUUACUUCUAAACCCCGAGGCAAGAAACGCCCAGGCUGCCUGUGGUUGCCAACUGUAUAAAUGGCACCAGCCCAGGGUGGCCAGCAAAAGCAGU